AGGUGAAAAUGCCGAUUUUUUAGAGAUAUUAAGAGAAGCGUUGAAACAUGCAACAUUACAAUUAUCUGCCUACUUUUGGGAAUGUGCCCCCGUAUCAAGUGAGACAACAAAUAAACGCUUUGAAUUUGUUGCAACGAAAUCUGAAAAUUUAGAUACUAUUAGACAAAAUUUUUCAAAUUUUAUAGAACAUAUCUCUAAAAAUCGCGACAAAUAUGCUUGUAGUUUUCUGAAUUUAGGAAAAGACGCAAUUUUAAUUAUCCCUGUACCCCACGAAGAUAAUGGACAAUUUCUUAAUUAUAAAAACAUUAGUAGGUUUACCCAAAAUGCACCUAUCGAACAGCAGAAUAAAUUUUGGAAGGAAGUCGCUGAUCGUUUACACGAAACUUUCGACGAAAAAACCCCUAGAUGGUUAUCAACGAACGGUUUGGGCGUUCAUUAUUUACAUGUUAGAAUCGACGAAUUUCCAAAAUACUACGCUUUCGAUGAUUACCGGAAUCCAGCAAAUGCAAAUCUUCAUUCACCUUCCACCGACUCUAGUAUUCGAAGUGGUAACAGGACGCAAUUUUCGUUACGCAAACGAACGUUGCACAAACAACGCUCGGGUCUCCAAAAAUCACGACCUGGGGCCCACGCGCGACGAUCAAUGACGCGAAAAUAA